CAUUCUCUUUACAUUAAUUAAGCAUGAAGAUAUUACUAAACCAUCAAACUGUUUUCUUAUCCAUCCUCCUGUUCAUUAUUUCAAUUGCUAUUACUAAUGCAGAAUACCAAGAGGCAGAUUACAUGUCCGAUCUUUUAAAAUCACUCGCUCCAACUCCUUCUACCUGGUCAAAUACGACUCACUACUGCAAAUGGAAAGGCAUCUUUUGCGAAUCCAAUCGAGUUGUGUCCAUUAACCUUCCAUCAAGCUCACUCUCCGGAACGCUCCCUCCCCAUCUCUACGCUCUCACUAAUCUCACUCACAUCGAUCUCCACAACAAUUCACUCACCGGUCCUUUGGCUAACUUUUCUGGUCUAGGCGCCCUCGAAGCCAUAUAUCUCGGCCACAAUAACUUCGACACAAUCCCAAACGGUUGCUUUCAAGCAAUUCCGUCUCUUAAAAUACUUAACCUUAGCAAUAACUUGAAUCUACAACAAUGGACUUUUGGAGGUGAAAAGGAUUGGCUUAAAUAUGUUUGGAUAGCAGGAGCAUCAGUUGGAUUUAUAAUAUUUACUGGAUUGAUUAUUUAUUAUCGUAAGGAGUGUCUUAUUUUAGUACAAAGAUGGAUAUUUAGGGGAACAACAAAAUCUAGUGAUCAUAUUGUGGAGAAUUUUAUGGAAAGUUAUAAAUUGUCAGUGCCGAUAAAACAAUAUAAAUAUGCAGAAGUGAAAAGAAUGACAAACUCAUUCCGAGAUAAAUUAGGUCAAGGAGGAUAUGGUACUGUGUACAAAGCAAGCUUACCUGAUGGUCGUCAAGUGGCUGUGAAAGUAAUAAAAGAGUCCAAGGGAAAUGGAGAAGAAUUCAUAAAUGAAGUUGUCAGCAUUAGUAGAACAUCACACGUCAAUAUUGUCUCGCUUUUGGGUUUUUGUUAUGGAAACAAAAGAGCGCUGAUAUAUGAAUUCAUGUCCAAAGGGUCAUUGGAUAAUUUCAUCCUUAAAAGUGGGUCUUCUGAUUCUAUUUGUAGUUUGGAUUGGAACACAUUGUCCAAAAUUGCAAUGGGCAUUGCUCGUGGAUUAGAAUAUUUGCAUCAAGGAUGUAUUUCAAGGAUAUUACAUCUUGAUAUCAAACCUCAAAAUAUUCUUUUGGAUGAAGAUUUUUGCCCAAAAAUAUCUGAUUUUGGACUAGCUAAAAUAUGUCAAAGAGAUGAUAGUGUUGUGUCUAUACUUGGUGCACGAGGAACUAUAGGAUAUAUAGCACCAGAAGUAUUUAGUCGUACAAAUGGCGGAGUUUCUCACAAAUCAGAUGUAUACAGUUAUGGUAUGUUAAUUUUAGAUAUGAUUGGAAGAAGAAAGAAUUCAGGUGCUAGAGAUUCAUGUACUUCUGAAUAUUUUCCGGAUUGGAUUUAUAAAGAUCUUGAGCAAGAUAAUAACUCUGUGAAUUGUAUAGCAAAUACGGAGGAGGAGAAUGAUAUGGUGAGAAAAAUUACUAUGGUAAGUCUAUGGUGCAUUCAAACAAAACCAUCCGAUAGACCUUCAAUUAGUAAAGUAAUAGAAAUGCUUCAAGCACCACUUCAGUCGGUUCCAUAUCCUCCCAAACCUUUUUUAUAUUCUCCUGAAAUUCCAAUAUUGCAAACUUCAUGCGUGCCUUCAAGCAGUUUGUCAGAGACAAAGUCAUCAACCUUAUCGGGGAAUGGUUCCAUAAAAACAAAUAAGUUCAGCAAAGACAACAAUGAAGAUGUGAUUGUAGUGUAAAAAAAUAAUUUGUUGAUAUUUGAAUACAACUUUGCAUAUACUUUGUUUAAACCUCAAAACAU